AAUCAAACUCUGUACUAUGAAGUGCAAUGCUAUAUUUUCUCUCACAGCAUUGUUUUGGAAAUACAAAUAGCCGUUCUCUCUCUCUCUCUCUCUCUCUCUCUCUCUCUCUCUCUCUCUCUCUCCAUUUGUUUCUGUAAAUACUCACAACGCUAUAAAAACCUUUGCACUAAUCACUCAAUCACAUUUUUUCAACAAUGGGUCUCUUACGAUUCUCUCCUUUUUCUCUCUGUUUUUUCUUCCUUCACAUUACUCUGUUUUCAAACCUCUGUUUUUCUGGUGACCCAACUGUUUACAAAGAACUUCACAUCACUUACGCCACUGUUAAACCACUCGGUAUUCCUCAAAAGGUUAUAGCUAUUAAUGGACAAUUUCCAGGACCUUUGAUCAAUGUUACAACCAAUAAUCAUCUAACUGUGAAUGUGUUCAAUAAGUUGGAUGAAGAUAUUCUCAUUACAUGGCCUGGUAUUCAAAUGCGGAGAAACUCGUGGCAAGAUGGAGUUCUUGGUACUAAUUGUCCGAUUCCUCCUAAAUGGAAUUGGACAUAUCAGUUUCAAGUCAAGGAUCAAAUCGGGAGUUUCUUUUACUCCCCUUCUACUAAUUUCCAAAGAGCUUCUGGUGGAUUUGGUCCUUUUGUUAUCAACAAUAGAGAUGUUAUUCCAAUUCCUUUUGCGAAGCCGUAUGAUGAAAUUUUCAUUAUGAUUGGUGAUUGGUAUAAACAGAACCAUGUGGAUUUAAGAUCAAAACUUAAUGCUGGAAAAGCCCUUGGAAUUCCAGAUGGUGUUCUUAUCAACGGGAAGGGACCUUAUCAGUACAAUAAUACUCUUGUACCUAAUGGCAUAGAUCAUGAAAAAAUUGAUGUUGUUCCAGGAAAGACGUACCGAGUUCGUGUCCAUAAUGUUGGAAUUUCAACUAGUUUGAACUUCCGAAUUCAAAAUCAUAAUCUAUUUCUGGUAGAAACGGAGGGAUACUACACAAUUCAGCAAAAUUACACCAACUUUGAUAUUCAUGCUGGCCAGUCUUUCUCUUUUCUGCUCUCAACCGACCAGAACGCAAGUACAGACUACUACAUUGUUGCGAGUGCUAGGUUUGUGAAUGAAUCAUUGUGGCAGAAGGUUACAGGUGUUGCAGUUUUACACUAUAAAAAUUCCAAGGGUGCAGUAACCGGUCCUUUGCCUCCAGCACCAGAUGAUUUGUAUAACCCGGGUGCAUCAAUGAACCAAGCAAGAAGUAUCAGGGUAAACACAUCAUCCAGUGGAGCUCGUCCUAACCCUCAAGGAUCCUUUCAUUACGGCAGUAUCAAUAUAACCGACACUUACAUCUUAAAGGUUACACCGCCAGUGAAGAUCAACGGCAAUACACGCGCUAUCAUUAACGGAAUCUCAUUCCGUAAGCCUGAUGUUCCUUUUCGCCUUGCUGAUCAAAAGCAUUUAAGAGGCGUUUAUAAGCUCGAUUUUCCUAGCAAGCCAAUGAACAGAACACCAGUGAUUGACCGAUCUAUUAUCAAUGCUACAUAUAAAGGAUUCAUUGAGAUUGUGUUGCAAAACAAUGAUACCACAGUUCAAAACUUUCAUCUGGAUGGCUACUCAUUUUUUGUCGUUGGGAUGGACUAUGGUAAUUGGUCAGAAAAUUCGAGAAACUCUUAUAAUAAAUGGGAUGCAAUUUCUCGCAGCACAACUCAGGUUUUUCCUGGAGCAUGGACAGCAGUUCUUGUGUCUCUAGACAAUGCUGGAUUAUGGAAUCUGAGAGCAGAAAACCUAGACAGGUGGUACCUAGGUCAAGAAACUUAUCUGAAGGUUGUCAAUCCUGAAGAAUCCGGCGAAACUGAUUACGCUGCACCAUCUAAUGUUAUGUAUUGUGGUCCUCUCCAAAAGUUUCAAACCUGGCGGCCAAAUUCAUCAUCUUCUUUGACUUUGGGAUAUGGCUACAAAGUGCUCUUGGGAAUUCUUGUUCUGAUUUUCACAUUAUAAGCUAAAGCUUCAAAGUGACAUUUUUACAAUUCUCAUUCUUAGAAACAACAUAUGCUUUUUUGUUUAGUUAUGUCAAAGGUACACAUUUUCUGGUUGUUUAUAUGCUAUUCAACAAAAUGUGAUUAAGGCUACUUGGGUUUGGUAAUUCACAUUCUUAUUACAUGGUUAGAAAAUAGUAGAGUUUUCUUAAUUAAUAUUUUAUCAUGUAUUUAAAUUUGGCAUUAGGUUGCUCUGACCUAUCAUAUGAAUCAUUAUUUUUUAUAUUCUAAA